AAUUGAUUUCUUCUGGGGGAAGAGAUCAGAGGGAGGGGCCCGGGGUUAAAUGGGAGAAUUACCAUUCAAGCACGGCCGUCCGAGUGGUCGCACAGAGACAUUAACAUCUAGAUAUUGAUCGUUGAAGCAAAUUAGUCUUCUAUAAAUGCUCCCGGUUACCCAUGAAACGUCGCAGCGUUAAUCCUCGUAGGAGAAACACUCGGUCUCUAGCUAACAACUUUUAGGCUUUUCCCAGUAUCUUCUUAACUUCAUUUUGGAACUCCGCAAUGGCCUCCAAUAUGAGCUUGAAGACCCACGUCAUCAUAUUCACCCUGGCUCUUUCACUUGCCCUCUUUGUGCAAGGCACUCUAGGCGGAAUAACAUGUGAGAAUCUAGAGCAGGACACAUGCGCGUUCGCAGUGUCGUCCUCCGGAAAGCGCUGCGUGCUCGAAAAGCAUGUGAAAAGGAGCGGAGAGGAAGCGUACACUUGCCGUACAUCUGAAAUUGAGGCCGACAAAAUGAAGGAAUGGAUCGAGACUGACCAAUGCAUCAAAGCAUGUGGGCUCGAUCGGAAAACAUUGGGAAUCUCAUCUGACUCUCUCCUAGAGUCUUGCUUCACCCAAAAGCUUUGCUCACCCCAAUGCUACGAGAGCUGCCCCAACGUUGUUGAUCUAUACUUCAAUCUUGCUGCGGGUGAAGGUGUGUUUCUUCCCAAAUUAUGUGAAACACAAACAAAUCCGCGGCGAGUGAUGUCCGAGCAGAUUCGCAGCUCUGGUUUUGUUGCACCAGGACCCGCGAUGCCUGCAAAGUUCUUGGUUGCACCAAUAGCAGCCCCAGCACUGGCACCACACUAGAAAGAAAAAAAUUAUAUAUGCUAGCUAGCUAUAAGCUGCUCCAAGCCUUAAUUAGUAUUUAAUUAGGUUAUAAUUAAUAAUGAAGACACACCAAGGGCUCAUGAGUAACUGCACUCAACUAUCAUGCAUUCCGGUGUGUGCAUUCGAGUUUGGUAUGUUAUAUAUUACGUGUGUUCUUCAGAUCAAUAAGGUCAUGUUGUGGAGAGAUAAGAGAUAUGAUACAUUUGUAGAGACGGUGUUACACGUUGUGGCAUCAUAUAUUGUCACGCUUUUGUGCUUUGUGAUAUGGUUUGGAACUGAAAUAAAUAAAGGUUUUUUA